AAGAGAGAAUACCGGGCUUUGAUUUUCAUUUUUCCUUAAAAAUGAGAGCCCACUUCAAUUUUUUUUUUCUCUCCUUCCCUUUACAUAACUCAACGCAUCAGACAUCAUGAGAGUUUCCGUUUUGAACGACUGCUUGAACAACAUCAACAACGCUGAACGUCGUGGUAAGAGACAAGUCCUUAUCCGUCCUUCCUCCAAGGUCAUUGUCAAGUUCUUGUCCGUCAUGCAAAAGCAUGGUUACAUUGGUGAAUUCGAAGAAAUCGAUGACCAUCGUUCCGGUAAGAUCGUUAUCCAACUCACUGGUCGUUUGAACAAGUGUGGUGUUAUCUCUCCUCGUUUCAACGUCAAGGUGGGCGAACUCGAAAAGUGGACUGCCAACUUGUUGCCUUCUCGUCAAUUCGGUAAGCUUGUCUUGACCACUUCUGCUGGUAUCAUGGAUCACGAAGAAGCUCGUCGCAAGCACGCUGGUGGUAAGAUUCUUGGUUUCUUCUACUAGAUGGAUGUCUUUUUUAUAUAUGUAGAAUAGCAUCUCUUCC